AUGUCUGCUGCAGUAUUUCACCCAUUAAACGAUAGCCAAGUCAAUGAAGAAUUGACUAAAAUGCAAGCUUUCAUUAAGAAAGAAGCUGAAGAAAAAGCCAAAGAAGUGAAAUUAAAGGCCGACCAAGAGUAUGAAAUCGAAAAAACACAAAUUGUUCGUUCAGAAACCGCUUCUAUCGAUUCUGCAAUGGAAGAAAAGUUAAAGAAAGCUACCUUGGCCCAACAAAUCACUAAAUCUACUAUAGCCAAUAAAAUGAGAUUAAAAGUCUUAGAAGCAAGAGAACAAAUGUUAGAAGAUAUUUUUCAAACUACCGAAGACAAAUUGAAAAAAGAUGUUUCUAGCAACAAAGCAAAAUAUAAACCAAUUUUAAAAAAAUUAAUUUUGGAAGAUUUGUUCAAAUUAUUAGAACCUAAAGUCAUAGUUAAGGUCCGUAAACAAGAUGUACCAUUGACCAAGGAUUUAGUUAAUGAUUUACAAGCCGAAUACAAGAAAGGUACAGGAAAUGAUAUUGAAAUUGUUAUCAAUGAAACUGACUUUUUAUCUGCCGAACUUGCUGGUGGCUGUAUUGUUUCAGAUCAUUUGGGAAAGAUUACUGUUAAUAAUACUUUGGAAGAAAGAUUAAAACUACUAAGAGAAGAAUCAUUGCCUGCUAUAAGAUUGCAAUUAUUUGGACCAUCUAAAACCAGAAAGUUCUUUGAUUAA